CCGAUACGAAUUUUCUAAUUUUAUUGCAAGGUUUCUUUAUGCUUACACAGACACAGUAGCGCAUACUCUAAGCAAAAUCAUGGAAAACAACAACGAAAGUAUGUUACCAAAACUCAAUGAAAUUCCAGAAAAUACAUUAGGGUUUAUCAACAAUCAUACAUUGAAUUCUAAUCCCAUUGAAAACCCUUCAAAAUUUGAAGAUUUAGCUAUUAAGCUUGAUUCCAAAUGUGCCCACCUUCAAAACCAUCUUCAAAAUCUUCACAAUACUCUAGGAAGUUUGUUAAUUUCUUCUACUUCUCGUUCGAUUCACACCAAAUCAUUUAUUGAAGAUUUUACGUUUAAUUUGGAGAAUCUCAGCAUCAUUUGUUCUCAAUGUGAAACCAGGGAAAAACGUAGGAUUUUUGAGAAAAUUGUUGGGAAAGAUUUGCCAUAUAUUGCGCGGGAGUUGCGGCGGAUUGAAAAGUUACGCGAGUAUGCUGGGGUUGCUCUAAAUCUGGAAACCCUGGUUGGAGAUUUAGAAGAUGCUGUUUUAUCUUCUCUGAAUCGGCGUACUGGAUUCAUUUUCUCAAGAACUGAAUCUAGUCCACCAGUUCCAGGAUAUUUUCAUGCAAAGCUGGGAAAUGUUCAUAGGGCUGUGAAGGCCAUCAACAUUAUCGAGGAUCUCCUGUUGGGUAUCCUGAAAAAUCAUCCUCAGUGGUGUCAUCUGUUGAAGGCUGUUGAUGCAAGAGUGGAUAAGAUGAUGGCAGUGCUUAGGCCUCAGGUAAUCGCUGAUCAUCGCAGUCUUCUUUCUUCUCUCGGGUGGCCACCCAAAAUUUUGGCGUCAAACACAAGAAGCUCAGAGGCUACAGGCAUCCCGAACCCCCUACUUCUCAUGCAAGGAGAGAAAAAACAGAGCUACCCCCAAAGCUUUCUAGCACUCUCUGCAUUGGAGCAUGCACAGUCGCGAAGGGAAGAACGGCAUCAUAUUUUGUUGGGAAAGGUGAAGGAAAGAACCAUGGGGCUUUGGGCUAUUGAUGAACUAGUGUCAUCAAUAGCAUCGAGGAUUGAGCAUCAUUUGCUCAAAUGGACUGAUCAGCCUGAGUUCAUGUUUGCUCUUGUCUACAAAAUUACACAUGAUUUUAUUGAAGGCGUUGAUGAUGUUCUACAGCCACUAAUUGAUCAGGCUAGAAUGUUUAGUUGUAGUGCGAAGGAAGCUUGGGUGUUCUCCAUGGUGCAGUUUCUAUCGGAAUUCUUGGGGAAGAAAGUGUUCCCUGUUCUUUCUGAAAGAUACCGAGAAAGGAUCACCAAAUCAGAUGCUAGUUCUUCCUGGCUCCAUCUGAUUGAUGAAAUAAUCAAAUUUGAUAAACGUAUGCAAUUAUUUAUCAUUCCAGAAACAUAUCUUCUUCCAAGUUCAGCAGGAAGCAUGUCAGCGUUGUCUUUGUUUUGUGACAGACCGGAUUGGCUCCGUAUUUGGGCUAAGGUAGAGCUCAAGGAUGCAUGGAACAGACUAAAAGCAAAGCUGAAGGAUGUAAGAGCUUGGUCUACAGUUUAUAUACUAGAGAAAACUGAAAAUGACCAGUAUGUUCUGUCUACUAGUGAAGAUUAUAAAGCUCCGUUAGCUGCAGAUUUUGCACUCACAACAGCUUGGGAAAUGAUCCAGCGUUGCCAGACUUUGCCGUGUACUGCACGUCGUAUACAUUUCAUGAGAUCAGCUCCCGGAAAGUUCCUUUGGCGCUUCUUUAAUGUUUUGCUCGAAAGGCAUAAAAGUGCCGAAUUUCUUGCACAUGAUGCCGAACAAAAUUUAGUUACAGUCUGUCAAUUAAUCAAUUCAGCCCGAUUUUCUGAAUUUAAGUUGCAAACGUGGAGUGAUGAUGUAGAUCUUUUUGAGCUUAGACUUGCUGAAAAGGGAUUAGAUAUUGAUCCUACGCUCAAUGCAACAAAUGACAGUUACUUUUUUGAAGAAGAGAUUGAGAGCUUAAUCGAGAUGGAGACUAAUUGGCUCAUGGAAUUAAUCACUCAUGUUCUACACCAGUUCGAGAAUUACUCUUUCUACUACUUCCAUAACGUGGAACGCUUUGAGGAAGUCACCGAAAGGGAUACGAGUAUAUCGGAUGAUCUUGUUGUAGCACUGGAUAAUUUGAGAAGCCUACUUAAUUUGUUUAGAGAACAUCUUAAUGCUAAAGACUUCCUGGAUACAUGGAGAAGUAUAGCUGAUGGGCUCGACCAUUUUAUAUUUCACAAUAUUCUCGCUCUAGGCGUUCAAUUCUCUGAUAAUGGAGCCAAACAGAUGAUAUUUGAUAUGGAAGGUUUGUUCUAUGCUUUUAAGGCUUUUUGUGCUCACCCAGAGGCCUUUUUCCCAUGUAUUAGAGAUUUUCUUAAGUUCUUGAAAUUGGAUAAGAAGGCGGUGGAGGAUUUGAAGGCGGAUAUAUUACUUCAUGCAAAGUGUUCUGAUUGCUUGUUAACCUAUAGUAUUUCCAGUUUAUCGGUAGAUCAGACAUUACAGAUCUUAAAUAACAGGAUGUUUCAGGGCUGAACAAUUUUGGCUGGUAAACUCUACUUUUUAUUUCUUUUUUUCCCUGCAUUUGACAUAUUUUCGUGUGCUGUAAGCAUCAUGUGUGUGUGUGCCCGCACUUAGCAUGUUAACUUGCUUACUUACAUUGUUCGAGUAUGCUUAACUUGUCCUACCGGCUAUCGCCACCAGUUCAUUUGGGAAACUAUUGAUUCUUUUUAAACCCAAACUCUGAUUUUACGAGUGAUGAAAUACGUGUAAUUGACCUUAUAUUAUCGAAGUUAAGACUUCGGUAUUGGUGCUAUGAUGAAAGAUACUACAAAUCGUGUGAAGAGUGUGGAGGCCUUUUGUGACUGGAGGGACAAAUUUAUGAUGGCCUCUUCCUUCCGCUAAUAUUUGUUAAUUACUACGAUCAAUGUUUUUUUUGUCGAUUUUGGAAUAUUUUACAAGAGCGAGAAAAGUGUAGCUAUUGAAAAGAAGCAAAGGAUAAUACUCCUAUGUAAGAUCUUAAAACUGUGUGAAGCUCCAGAUGAUUUCAGCUGGCCGGGGAUGCAAAGCUACCUUGAUAUACCCAUUUUAUUCCGAUCACCCCAUUGAAGAAGCGUUUUGUGGGAAUUUCAGACAGUAAGUUUGGGGUUCGUAUAUGAAUCAUGGAUACUUUUGCUAAACUAUAGUUGCUCAAUUUCCAUUUUGUUUUGUGGCAGUGUCGAUCGCAGCAUUCUUAGAGUUGCUGGAGAAGAUGCUGGUUCUCGAUCCUGCACAAAUGUUGAUAAUAUGGUAAGGCUCUUAUAGAAGUUUUACAACUUAUCGGUUUCUUGUUAUGACAAAUCUUCACUCGUGAAAUUCUCGACGUUGAGUACCUUUAGGCUGAUCCUCGCCUAGUAAAACCAAGAGGUCCCUUUGUUUCCUCUUUUCUCACAUUUUUUCUCCAUUUGCAUCUUUUAUUUUGAAUGCGUCACCUAUUACAUCUUACACUACGUUUAAAGAAAUUUUAUCAUGCUGUUUUUAGUUCAACACUGAACUCGGUUAUUUUCUUGCAUUGUGAAUUUGUGCCAUGAAGCUUUACAUCACCAUGUAAGCAAGUGACCUUAACUUGUGCAAAGCGCAACAAAAACAGAGAAAUAGUAUAAGAAGAUGAAUAUUGAAUGGGUAUCUUAUGAUUCCACUUCAAUCUAGUAUUUGUAUUUUCUUAUUAUUAGUAGUUACUAAAUACCUUCUAUGGUAUCUGCUCACAAAUAAAUGCAAGUACACUCUUAGCUUUAUCUACUUCUCUUAGUGGCUUGCACUCAACUUAGUUAAAACAAACUCUUAUCUAGAAUUACCCUUACCCAACAACAAUGGGUUUGAACAAAAUUUCUCCCCCACAAUGGUAGUGCUCCUUAAUGCCCUACUCUCAUGUUUUUCUUGGAGGUUGAUGAGCAUUAACAUUGACGUGCAUUAAUAAUUGUUCACAUUUCACUACUUAUAUUUGGCAUCUAAGAUGUCUUAAAUCAUUUCUUGAGCUUCUUAAAGUUAGAAUACGUGUAAAACAUAAAGCCCGAUGUUCAGGUAAAGAAUGCCUGUUUAAGCACACAAAGUGCUUGUCCAAGAAGUGAGAGAACCAACUUUAGUUGUUCGAGCAAGAACGAGCACACCUCCAUGAGC